UUGGACAGAACCCCCUGGAUGGGAGAAACAAAGCACAACAAUACGCCAAGACUGAGCCAGGCAGGGGUGGAGUUUGUCAGUGAAGAGUGAGCCAGCGUUUGUCAAUGAGGUAGUGCCUGUUGAAAGCAGAGGGCAGCAGACAAGUGGGGAACACAAAGAAGAAAGAGGAGAGGAAGCGCCAGAAGUUAGUAUAUCAGCACCUGACCAAUUUUAUGAACUGGCAGAAGCUCACAUGAUCUACAUGCAGCUGAAUCAUCAAACAACCAGAAGAAAAUACAACUUCUACUAAAGAAGAAAGACAUCCUGUGGCUUACUAAAGUCUCAUACUGAAGUGUGUUUCUGAAAGCAGUCCUGCUUUUGUUUUGAGCCCAUGAAGACACUACGGGAUCUGGGCUUGUGACUGAGAGCGAUGGGUUCACAGGGUCAAAUGCUGGCAUGGACUGUACUUCUGGGGCAUCUGCUGGGAAUGAGCUCCUCAUCGCAGAGUUCACUUGUGAAAAUCAAUAAGGGUCUAAAGGUGAAACGGGGUCAGACAGCUUACCUUCAAGAGGGUGACCUGCAGUUCCAUAUUCCCCAUCAGAAGGAUGCAUGCAAGGUGGAGGUGGUGUUAAAUGAGCCCAUAACUCAAAGAGUGGGAAAACUUAUGCCUCAGGUAUUUGAUUGCCACUAUCUGGCUGAUGAAGUGAAGUAUGUCCAUAACGGUUGUCCAUUGCUAAAGGAGGACACUGUCAAGCUGCGACUCUACAGGUUCACAGAGACAGACACACACAUGGAGGUGUUUUCUCUCCAUGUGGAUAUUAUGGAACCUGAAUGCAACAUCAUAAAGCUGGGACCUAAAUCCAUGGAGGUUCCUGAAUUCUAUGGCCUCUCCAAUGCUGUUGAUGGCAAUGUGGUGUCCUUCCACUAUGAGAGGAGGUCUAGUGUGGAGUGUACCAUUCAUCUGAGUAGCCAUGACACCCAUCUGCCGGCCCAUGGCCAACUGGUGAUUGGGGAGCCAGAGAAAGCCACCAAAAGAGGGGAUGAGCCAGAGAGCUUCAUCCAGCUACGCCAGCAGCAAGAUAAUAAAGCCAGAGCAAUGUGCAAAUCUGAAGACUGCCUUAAGGGUCUGAAGCUAGUGAAGUUUAUCAAAAUUCCCUGUGAUGACUUCCUGGUGAUGGGGCUGAGGUAUCAGCACAUAGACCCUCCGUCUCCAGAUGUAGACUACAUCUCAAUCAGCCUGGACCUCAAGGAUAUCAGGAGUAGCAGUACAUAUCAGUUUGAACAGGCCUGGAUUCCAAUACGGAUAGUCGGUGCUAUGCCUAACCAGCCUCCCAAACCAUCAUUUAUGUCCAUGUUUAUCUUGGAGGUAGACCAAUUCAUCCUCACUCCACUCUCCACUGCAACACUAGAUGCUGAAGAUGAGGAAACUCCCAAACAGCUUUUGGUUUUUAACAUCACCAAACCUCCUGUAGAUGGCUUUCUUACACACCUGUCUGACCACACUCACCCAAUCUCCUCCUUCACAUGGCUGGAUCUCAAUGAAAUGCUGAUUGGGUAUCAACCCCCAAACUCCUCACACACACAACGUAGGAAUUAUGAGGUUGAAUUUGAGGUACAUGAUUUUUUCUUUAACAAGAGCCCAUCAAUGACUGUUCACCUAUCUGUAAGGAAUGCAGACACCAAUGCACCCCGAGUGUCCUGGAACAUGGGUCUCAGCCUGUUAGAAGGUCAGUCUCGCCCAAUAACAUGGGAGCAGCUCCAGAUUGUGGAUAACGACAACCUGAAUGCUGUUCGCAUCAUCACUGUCGACGGCCUGCAGCAUGGACAGCUCACUGUCAGAGGUGGAAAGGGCUUCAUGUUCACUGUCAGCAACAUCAAGGCAGGCGUGGUUCGCUACCACCAUGACGACAGUGACUCCACCAAAGACUGCAUAAUUUUUCGCAUCACUGACGGUCACCAUCAGACACGGCACAAGUUCCCCAUCAAGAUCCUCCCAAAGGACGACAGCCCUCCCUUCCUCAUCACCAACAUGCUGUUGGAGGUGUCUGAGGGCCAAAUGACUCUGCUGAGAGGCUCCACCCUCCAGGCUUCUGACAUGGACUCCAGUGAUGACUACAUCCUUUUUAACAUCACCCGAUGCCCAAGGGCAGGAGAGGUCAUGAAGAUCCCAGGACCAGGGCUCACAGGUUAUCCUGUGAGCCACUUUCUACAGAAGGACCUGUCUCAGUCCAUGGUUUACUAUCGACACAUAGGAAACAAGGUGUUUGAUGAUUCCUUCGAGGUGGUGCUGUCUGAUUUCCAUGAUCCACCCAACCUGUCAGAGCCUCAAGUUGUGAUAGUUCAUAUAGAACCUGUUCCAGAUCAACCGCCCAAAGAGGUUCCCGGUUCCAGUCGACAUCUUGUAAUCAAAGAAACAGAAGUGGCCCAUAUAACACGACAGCACCUUCACUUUGUAGACCAGGAUUCCCCAGAGAGUGAGCUGACGUACACAGUUACAACUCUACCAUUCUACACUGGUCCUCACAGCAGUUCUGAUGCAGGGCGACUGUUCCUGGUGGACAGUAUACCCAAAUUCACUAAAGAUGCCAGUGCACCAGUUCUGAGGCUCUUCACACAGCAUGCAGUGAACUUCCUGAAGGUAGCUUACAUGCCUCCCAUCAUGGACAUUGGCCCUUCUCUGCAGUGCAUCCAGUUUAUUCUCUCUGUAACCAACCACCUGGGCAAAACAGUCACGGGGAUUUGUUUUAACAUUACUGUGAUACCAGUGGACAACCAGCCGCCAAAGGUUGUCACCAACCCUCUGACUGUAGACGAGGGCGGGGCGAACUGGCUCAGCCCUGAACACUUGCUGCUGUCAGAUGUGGACUCCAUGGAAGAAGCCCUGCAGGUGGAGCUGCAGAGGGAACCACAACAUGGAGUUCUGCAGCUAGGCGGCUUCCCACUAAAUCCAGGCCAGACUUUCACUGUGCCAGACCUGAAAAGCCUGAAAGUUAGGUAUAACCAUGACAGCUCAGAAACAUUACAGGACAACAUUGAAUUCACUGCAACAGAUGGCAUAAAUUCAGUCAGUUUUGUUUUGCAAGUGAAGGUGAUGCCCAUUAAUGAUGAGAUCCCAGUGUUGGUUGCUGGCUUGAAACCUGUUCUCAGCUGUGCAGAGGGACGGGAAAUAGUCAUCACAGCUGAGUAUAUCUGCGCCACUGAUGCAGACAGUGACAACAGCAGCCUGGCCUUCCUAAUUGCUCGACAGCCGCAUCAUGGUGUAGUGCUCCGAAAUGGUGUUGUGGUCGAUCGUUUCAUCCAGGCAGACAUCACUGCAGGGAUCAUCACCUACAAACACACUGGACUGGAAAUUGGACUCAUCCCUCGCUAUGACACCAUCACUUUUGUUGUUUCUGAUGGAGAAACGGAAAACUAUGCUCUAUGCUGUGGUGGAGGAAAUCCUAUCUGGACCAGAGGCACAACUCAGCUGCGAGACAGUCUGCCUGUGUAUGACCUCCAGAUUACAGUGUUUCCAGUUGACAGCCAGCCACCUUCACUAACAACAGGAGACAUUUUUAUGGUGGAUGAAGGUGGAACUGCCCCAAUAACUACAUCUCAUUUGAAGGCUUCUGAUGUGGACACUGUCCUAGACCAGCUGGUGGUCAGUUUGAUUUCUCCUCCCCAGUUUGGCUUCAUUGAAAAUGUCCUGCCCAAUCCUGGGUUUGAGAAAGGCAACAAGGGCAUAAGCGUAGCCUCAUUUUCAUACAAAGAUCUCACUGAAGGCCAUGUGAACUACGUACAGUCCAGACACCAGAGGAUGGAGCCCACAGCUGACCAGUUCCUGCUCUAUGUGUCAGAUGGCAAACAUAGCUCUGCCCAUGUCCCCUUCUACAUUAUUAUCAACCCAACAAAUGACGAGGUCCCAGAGUUUGUGGCUCGCAAUAUCACAGUACGGGAGGGAGAAAUAAAACGGAUGGACUCAUCGGUGCUGCACGCGAUGGAUCUGGAUGUUCCCAGGGAUGUCCUGCUCUUCAGCAUAGUUAAACCUCCCCAGCAUGGCAACGUCAUUAACUACAACAGUGAAAAGCCAUUCAGCAAGAGACGAGAGGCCCUUCCCCAGACCCCUGUGAUCGACUUCACAAUGACGGAUCUUACUGAUGGUAUGGAUCUGAUGUAUAUGCACGAUGACUCAGAGAAUAUGGAGGAUAGUUUUACCAUCCAGUUAACUGAUGGCAAGCACCAACUUCACAGACAGGUGAUGGUUAAAGUGCUACCAGUCAAUGAUGAGGAGCCUCAUAUAAUAAGAAACAAUGGCCUGGAGGUGGAGCCUGGAGAGGUCAGGUUGAUCUCCAGUGUCACACUCUUUGCACAAGACAGUGAUACUCCCUCUUCAGAGGUCAUGUACAUAUUUGAGAGUGUUCCUACCCAAGGACUACUUCAACUUAAGGAAGGCCAGAAGUGGGUGACACUGACCGCUGGGAGAAACUGUACCCAGGAAAUGGUGAACAUGAACCUUUUGCGCUACAUGCACACAAGCCAGCACGGUGCUAAAACACAAGAUUUCUUCAUCUUCUACAUACUGGAUGGAAAGAAUCAAUCACCCCUACAGCAUUUCCAUAUCUCUGUCAAAGAUCUUGAGAAAGGAAAUAUUGCUAUCUUCGUGAAGCCAGUGAACGUCAGCCGGGGUGAUCGUGUGGUUCUCACCACAGAGGUGCUGUUAGCCACAGAUGGUACAGACAAACCUGAGGAGCUUGUAUAUGUCAUUACCAGCCUUCCUGCUCAUGGACAUAUAGAGUACAUCAAGCAUCCUGGGCUGGCCAUCUCCACCUUCAGCCAGUUGGACAUAGCAGCAAACCUUGUGGCUUAUGUUCAUGACAACCGAGGCAGCACACCCACAGAAACCUUUCAGUUUGUUGUUAGUAAUGGUAAGAUGAGCCGAAAUGGAAUCAUUGAGAUUGCAGUGGAAAUGGUGGAUCGCAUAAUGCCAACUCUGGCCACCAACAAAGGCCUCAGAGUCCCCCAGGGUUCCUCCGUGAUCCUAGGCCCUGACGUCCUAGCCCUGUCUGACCCAGACACUCCACCCAGCACCCUAACUUUUGUCCUUCUCCAGCCUCCACAGCAUGGCAGGUUGCUUUUAGCUGGUACCACACUAACCACUGGUUCAAACUUUACACAGAGAGACAUACAGGAGCUGGACGUAUCAUAUAAACACAAUGGGGGGCCAUCGCAGAUUGAUCUGUUUGCCUUUACUGCCUGUGACAGCACCAAUCGAGGUUUCCUGCUGGAUGGACGGUUGCAUACAGAACCUGUGUUCUUCACCAUUCAGAUCAAGCCUUUGGAUAAGUCGUCUCCUAAGGUUGUGAAGCUGCUUCCUCUGUGGAAAGCUGAGCUUCUACCCGAUGGACGAUAUGGGAUAUUUCUGUCAUCUCGGGAGCUGAAGGCCCAAGACAGUGACAGCAGAGAAGAAGAGCUAAUAUUUUGCAUUGUUCGCCCACCCUACUUUGGUUACCUGGAAAACAUAACUACAGGUGGUUUUGUGCCACAGCGCUUCUCUCAGAUGGAGCUGAAGAAGAGAAUUAUCAUCUAUAUCAUCACUCCAGAAAGGGAGUCUCUGUCAGACAGCUUGGAGUUCACUGUGUCUGAUCCUUUAGGGAACACUGCUCCCUCUCACAUACUUGAAUUCAGCUGGUCCAGUGUGGAGCUGUCUCAGCCUCAGUACUCUGUUUGUGAGGGACAGGGAGCUGUCUCGCUGGACAUAAUUCGAAAGGGGAACCUGGCAGAGUCUUCAUACAUCACUGUCAAGGUAAAGACAGUGACUGCAAUCACAGGAAAAGAUUUCCUCCUGAGUCUUUCUUCCCUCAUCCAGUUUGAUCCAGGCGUAUCAAAGAGGAGCUGGCAAACAGAGAUCCUCCAGGAUCACAUUGAGGAGGCUGAGGAGAUGUUUGAGCUGCUACUGGUCUCCCCUGAAAGCACAGUGAUUGGUAGCAUCAAUAAGGCCCAAGUCACCAUCAGAGACUCUGGAACAGGACAGUGCCAGCUGAAUCAGGUUCCUCUCCUUGGAGGAAAAGCGAUUCAGUCAGACACGUACCCUCAGCAUGGAUCCAUUCAACUAGAGAAAUUUCCUAUAGGCACAGAAUCAGUCAUCUUGACCCAUGGAGACAGCAUCUCAAGGCCUGGAGCAAGUUUCCCAAAAAAGAAACUCCGUGUUAUGGACAAUCCCAAGUCUAUUGCACCUUCAUCAGUUUUUCACAAUGGGACAGACAUUGUUUACAUGUAUCAUGGCAUCAUGCAGAUGCAAGUAGAAGACAAUACCUCCCCAUCCAGGAAGAACAGAAAAGCAAACAUCCGUGUGGUUAGCAGGGGGCCACAGGCAUUAGCAGUGCUUACUAACUCAAAACAAGAUUCUCAAAGAAAGCUCUUAAAACCUCAGAAAACCAGACUGACCAAAGGACGUGUUCCAGCUGAUAAUGCCAUCAUCAAGCCCUGUGUGCCAGAACUGAUGGGACUUUUGCAUUUCAACCAAAGCACCAAUCAGCUCUUUCACUGCAACGGUGUCUCCUGGAAACCCUGGGCACCAAGUGAUCAGAUGGUGAAUGCUCAGGUGUGUCCUCAAGGCUGGACAUUUCAUGGUAGCCACUGUUACAUCCUCAGCACUGAGCACAAAGCCACCUGGAGCACAGCUAACAGAGCCUGCAGAGAGAGGUAUAAAGGAACUCUAGCUAGUGUUCUGUCUAAAGUCGACAUGCAUUGGCUUUGGAAUUUCACUGGACGAAAACCAUUCUGGAUAGGCCUGAAUGACAGGGAAGGCCAAGGGCGCUGGGAGUGGGCUGGUGGUGACCCGGUCAGCUACACCAACUGGAGAAAAACGCCCCCUCGAUCAAAACUGAAGGGAAGCGAGAAGUGCGUCCUAGUGUGGAGAAAGGCAAAGUGGCAAAUCAAGGACUGCAAAACGAAUAGAGGUCAUCGCUUUGUGUGUUCAGUCAAGACUUGACUUUGACCUCGUGAACAGCAUCACAGCCAUGUUGUUUCAGAAGAGCUGCCAAAGGAAGGACUCAGGACAUUUAAACUGCACAACCAACCUUCCAAUAAGGAGUGAUGGAAACACUGCUGGAAAGAUUUCUAUGAUUUAUAAUGAACUUUGAGGCAAUUGAUGUGUCUAAAAAGCAGCUACCUGCUACACUAAGUGACCUUGUUUAUUUUAAAUAACCACUGAAAGAGUAAUUCCGUGUAUAAUGCUAAUAAGAAUAAUUGUGAAUUUUGCUUAUUUCAGGCAGAGCCAAGGCUGCAUUAUCAGAACCCUAGACCACCAGGGACCCCAAAAGGCCCAGGUUCCCUGCAGGUCCUGAAACAUUAGCUAAGGCACCCUGUAUCUAAAUCUACACUGAACAAAAUUGUGUUUGCCCCCAUU